CCGAAUUAGCUACUGCCGUGUGAUUGCAUUUUGGAUUCUGAGGACUAGAAUCUGGCCAAUAAAGACAUUUUUGGUAUUGUAAGUGGGCGGUGGAGAUUAGAGCUAGCUAGACGACGGCCAGCACGUGCAAUCCUCCAUUGCUCAGCGCCACAUUUGUUUUUGGUCUCUCUGCUGUUACUUCUCUUCGAUAUAAACCCUCACACCGCGCCACUACCAUUACUAGCUUUUCUUCUAAGCCACACUCUCUGCUUUGCUUUCUGCCAAGCUUUUGUUUGUUAGUUGUUGUUGUUAUUGGAGAAGGGAGAAAGCAGAGAAUGGGAAAAGAAAUGGAGUCUUUCCAGCUGAACACCGGGGCUAGUAUCCCGGCGGUGGGGCUGGGGACGUGGCAGGCUGCACCUGGUCUUGUUGGCGCCGCCGUUGAGGCUGCCGUUAAAAUUGGGUACCGCCAUAUCGACUGUGCUCAAGCGUACGGCAACGAGAAGGAGGUGGGAGCUGUUCUGAAGAAGCUUUUCGACGAGGGCGUGGUGAAGCGCGAGGAUUUGUUCAUUACUUCCAAACUCUGGAACGCUAACCAUUCACCAGAAGAUGUCAAGGCUGCGCUGGAAGGAACUCUUCGUGACCUGCAGAUUGACUAUGUAGAUCUAUACCUGGUAAUUGCUUUGUUUCCGGAUAUCCACUGGCCGGUUAGAUUCAGGAAGGGGGCAGUUGGGUCGAAGCCCGACAACGUUGUGGCAGCCGAUAUCCCGGAGACGUGGAGGGCGAUGGAGGCGUUGUACGAUGAGGGGAAAGCUCGAGCGAUUGGAGUGAGUAAUUUCUCGUCCAAGAAACUUGGGGAUUUGAUUGAGAUUGCUCGCAUCCCUCCGGCUGUGCUUCAGGUGGAGUGCCACCCUCAUUGGCAGCAGCCUAAGCUCCACGAGUUCUGCAAAUCCAAGGGGGUUCAUCUUACUGGAUAUUCACCAUUGGGAUCCCCUGGCACGGUGUGGUUCACCAUGGAUGUACUGAAGAACCCAAUCUUGAACAUGGUUGCGGAGAAGGUGGGCAAAACUCCAGCCCAGGUGGCCCUGCGUUGGGGGCUGCAAAUGGGUCACAGUGUGCUUCCCAAGAGUACUAACGUGUCGAGGAUCAAGGAGAACUUGGAAGUCCUUGAUUGGUCUAUCCCAGACGAUCUGUUCGCUAAGCUGUCAGAAAUGGAGCAGGCAAGGCAGCUGAGGGGGACUCAAUUCGUGAACGAGGCGGUGCCUGGGCACCACAGCAUUGAGGAGAUAUGGGAUGGAGAGCUCUAAGUUACAAGGUUGAUGGGGGCUGGGAGGGAAAACAAGAAAUAGCCUCUCACUUGAUUGACUUGUAUCAUUUAUCGUUGUUUCUGUCCGUGUUUUUCUUUCUCUGCAAACGUGUAUCCUCAAGUCUGGACGGGGCAACUCACUGUUGGAAUAUUUUGAUAUCUACUAGUACUACCCUUCCAUUCUGUCAUCCUUGCUUUGCGCAUAUGAAUCAUGCUCAUCUUCUCUCCAA